AUGCCAGUGCUCAUAUCGCGCACAACCUGUUACUGCAAGCAGACCAAGUUCGCAAAAUGCAAGUCACCUGGCAAAUGCACUGGAGGGACCCUGAAUAGGCAUUCAAACUGUCUAGGGAAGCGGGCGCACGCCUCUACUUCAUGCGUCGCAUUCCUAUGUGCUGCGAUACUUGUCCUGUGCCCAGAAUCGAAGGCGUGCCUGACUGGAUGA